AUGCAAACUGUGGCAGAUCUGAUGCUGGUAAACAUAUUAAGCUGCAUCGUCGGUGCCCUAGCGGAAAUUCCGGUUCAAAUGACCGUGGCGGAUGUGUUCUUCGUGCACGAGAGUCACGACAGUCGGAGUUACGCUGGCACCACUGGCUGGUGGAUACAUUACCCUUUCCAAGGUUGGUGUUGGGUGUGGUGGUGGAUGGCCAUUUUGUUUGGAGCUGGACUGGUCGCCUUUAUCUUCCUCUACGAGGAGACCAUGUUCUGUGUGCCAUCUAUCGAGGUGGUUCCUGUUACCGAUAAGCUGACACCAUAG